AUGCCAUUGAUGCGAGUAUUACCAUUAGUUUUAUCUUCUGCCAUGGAAUUGUCGCGACUUUCGAGGAGAGCUAAUUCUCUUCAAAAAUUAUUAAAGAUGUCUGAUGUGCAUUCCACAACGAAGAAUUCUUCUUUUAGUCAUCCUUAUCUUCCAAGGCUGUAUAGGGGUUACUAUCCUUCCAGAAAUUUUCUUCAUCGAUUCGUACAUCAAGAGUGGAAGGAGGAAUUAUCUGAUAUAAUUGAUAGGACCUAUCUCAUGUCAAAUGAUCUUCUGGGAUUGUUAGAAGGAACCAUUAUGCCAUCUUCUUCAUUUCCGGGUCCUUGUGAACAUAAUUCCUUCUCUUGUAUUUGUACAGGCACAUAUGGCACAUCCGAUCGUUUCUGUUUGUGUGGGCGAUAUAUACGCAUGAAUUACAGCUCAUACUUGUGUCAGUGUGGACAUGUGACAUUUGAUCCGAACCUGCCUCCUCUUUUUAUCAGACAAUCAGAUGACGGAAUUCCGUGUUUGCAUAUCUCCGAGAAUUUGUGA